CACAACUGGUAACGUAGAUCCAGCUUCUCCUCCCUCCUCUCUAUCUUCAUCUCCAUCUCCAUCUCCGACGACUCUGUUCAUCUCACCGCGUAGGCAGGUGCGGCAGCCAGGGGAAGUAUGACGGGGGAGCCGCCAAGGCUCGUGUUCCGGUUCACCCAUGCCGAGGUCGCCAAGAUGGAGGAGGUCCUCAAUGAGAUCGACGCCAUGCCCAAGCGUCCUGUCAUCCAGGGCCUCAUCGAUCACUUCAACGCCUCGCCGGACCGCUCCGGCAACGGCAAGGUCCCCGUCCAGUACAAUCAGGUGAGGAAUUGGUUCCAUAACCGGAGGUCCGCGCAGUCCCAGCGGGCCAGGAAGAUGAUGCUAACCCCAGUUGACGAGGAACACCACCCAGUGGCCGGAUCCUACUUUGGGAAUAUUUCUUCGGAUGGUGGCCAGGUCCAGUUUGAAGCAAAGUCGGCUAGGAAUGGAGCAUGGUACGAUGUUGCUGCCUUUCUGUCCCACAGGUUCACUGAAACGAGGGACCCGGAAGGCAAGGCCCGCUAUUUUGAUGCGCAAAUUCUUCAAGUUCAAAGGCGCAGGCAUGACGUAAGGGGGUGCCGCUGCGGGUUUCUUGUUUGUUAUGAUCAUGAUCACUCUGAGGAGUGUGUUUCACUGAGCAAGGUAUGCCGUCGACCAAUGCACCAGAAUUCCCAAAAGCCACACAAGAUGAUGAGUGUCAACACUGACACGGUGACCGGGGGUGCGGUUCCCAUUCCACCAGAUCAAGGAGGGCCAUCUGAAAAGGCGCUUGCUCCCUUACUAGACGCACCUACUAGCAGCCGCAGCUAUUCUGUGGCAGAUGUUGAGAUGGGGGAUACGGAGGCUGCCCCAAACAGUGAAGCUGCAAAUGGAGCGCAUGACGACAAGAUGAAUCUGGGAGUGUAGUUCUUUCACUUCCCUGUGCAUUUUGUUGUGAACUUUUUAAUCGAAUAAUGUUUGCCUAAGAACUUCCAAUUGAGGAAGGAUGGUUGCCCAGUAACUGUAAUGUGCCCA